UAAGAUGUGGCUUAUUGAAUUGGUAAUGUGAUUUGUCGCUAUAUUGAAACAAGUUAUGUUCUUAAACAUAAAACGAAUGCUUGUUUCGACACAUUUAACGCGUGUUAGCUCAGUAGUCUUUUGAAAAUUCUUACCGGAUGUAGGAAGUAUCUUCCGGCUAACUCGCCUGUCGUCCUUGACGUACCCACGAGGAAGUUCUACCCCUUAAAUUGAAACAAAAAAAUGGUUCUUGGUUAGAUUAAUGCUAUACAUGUAUGCAUAUGACGAACUAUAAGCGUCUCUUUUUCCUACUUUGUUGUGUUUGAAACUCUUAAAGCCGCUCAAGACUCGAUGCUAGCAUGUCUCGGAGCUGUAGGUCAGUGUUGACGUUACUGCAUAGGUGUGUGGCGGUCAGUCAGGUGACCACCUCUGCGGGUGUAGCCACCAGGUGUGGUUUCAUCCCAAGGUCCACAUGGACGUCCAAGACCCGGGCGGACUCUCUUCGGGGUCUUCAGUCCACCUUAUGGACCACCCAGCGCAGCAUGUGCCACAAGGCACCUUAUGAGGAAGAAGAAUAUCCCCCCCUGCCAGCAUAUGAGGCCGGCGUGCAGCCUGAGAAGAAGGAUGUGUACAUCAUCCAGGUCAUAGGUCUGCCGUGGACGUGCACGGUCCAGGACAUCGUGAACUUCUUCUCAGAGUGCCGGAUCCGCGACGGCGCGUUGGGCGUCCACAUGACCGUGGACAGCUACGGGAGGCCGUCGGGACGCGCCUUCAUCGAGCUGGAGCAUGAGGAGGAUGUGAGAAAAGCCCUGGAGAAGCACAGACAGUACCUUGGACCUCGAUACGUGGAAGUGUACGAAAUAACAGACAGUGACGCUGAAGACGUUUUGAAGAAGGCGACCCUGUUCCCCGCCGACACUCGGGUGGUCCGGCUCCGAGGUCUCCCCUUCACCAGCACGGAGAGCGACAUCGCCCUCUUCUUUUCCGGUUUGGAGAUCAUGGAGAAAGGGAUCACCAUGAUCACAAACCACCGAGGAAGGAAAUCGGGGGAAGCCUUUGUGUGGUUUUCCACGCAGGAAGCAGCCGACGCAGCCCUGCAGAGAGACAGAGAGCUCAUCGGGGAAAGAUACAUCGAAGUGUUUCCGAGUACAAGCCAAGAGCUGCAGUCAAGCUCCUUGCGAAGCAGCGACACCACCAAGAAGAGAGUCCCUGCUGCACACGCGCCUGUCAACCCCGCUACUGCAUCGAGACCUCCGAGGGCAUCCUCCAGCCUGGCGUCACAUUACGUCCACUUGAGAGGACUUCCUUUCCACGCGUCUGGAGAAGACAUCGUUAAGUUCUUCUCCCCGCUGUUUGUGUCCAAGAUCCGUCUGGAUCUCGGUCCCGACGGGAGGCCGAGCGGAGAGGCCGACGUUUACUUCAGCUGUCACGAGGACGCUGUGGCCGCCAUGUCCCACGAUAGAAAGCACAUAGGAGGCCGAUACAUUGAACUGUUCCUGAACUCCGAUUCUUACAACGAAAGGUGAAAAAACACAAAACAGACCCAGCAUGUCUGCAAUUAAACCAGUAAAGUGCCGACACUGCAAGCGCAAGCCUCCAGUAUAUUUAUUUACGUACCACAUUAAACAUAAUAAAUAAAUAAAAACAUCCACAAGAAUGUGUCCAUCUUUUUAAA